AUGAUGCCCCCUACAGAACCAAUGUCUUCAAUUUCCUUUAUCUCUUCUCCGAACUCCACCUCUCCCCAUCCUACUUGUUCGCGCAUUACAACUGUGCUAAACACCACAGUGAAUGGGCUUUCUGACGCACCCCUCGUCUUGCCUAUGCCUUUACCGAGGCUUGCUAGUACAGUUCGUAAUUAUCCUUACCCCUAUGCCUCAUCCUCCAAUGCAUACAUCCCGAGGACUUAUUGGGGUAACUGUGAGGGGGGGCUAUCUGCUGCCCGUCCUAAGGCCGCUCAUAGCAUGUGGGGAGCUCAGAUCCCAAAUAGUGUAUAUGUCGACACCUCAGAAGAUGAAGUGGAAGAUGAACCCGAAGAGGAUGAGACUAAAGCUGCAUGGAGAUUCGAGCAAUCAAAGCCAAGCCAUAAAGUAUUCCACCUUCCAUCGCCAGCCCAUGCAUUGUCUGAUCAAGUCAAUUUGGGAUCAGCUUUUGUAGCCACCCGACAAUCAGGCAGGCGAUUGUUGCCAGCUGAUUUUUCUCAUCAGAACCAAGGUGCCUCUCCACAUAACUUCGUGCUCAUGAAUCCGAAGUUUUCAUUAUCAUCUGUUCCCAAUUGUUGUUCCUCCAUCACCUCUGCAAGCCGUCCUGCUCCUUCCCCACCACCACCUAGACCUCUGCCUCCGGCGGGCUCCAUGAUUUAUCCACUACGCAAAUCCAGGUAUAUUGGCCUGGAAAUCCAGUCAACUGAUAAUCCAUCUGGGCCUGAAAUUGGAACAUCGAUUGCUACUCCUCUUCCCGUUUGUAGACCCUCGCAGGUUCGUUGUCAUGACUUCUUGGAUAUAAUCCCAUCCAUAUCUCACUUGAACUAA